AUAGCUGAAAUUUCUCUAUUGUGUACUUACCUUUCUGUUCAUACCCUUCCUCAUUACGUUUCGCAGAAACGGAGAUGCUCACAUAUCAUGAAACGGACUUGCCAGUUCAGCCUAUAGUAGAUAAAGCUGAGGAUAUCGAUGCGGUCCAACGCUUUUGUAGCAAACAUUAUUUGACACAAGCUUAUAAGAGGAAAAAAACAAUACGAUGUAAUCAAUCUACGCCAUCCGCGCCUCGAUGGCACAAUCAGUCAUUUAUGCUUUAUUUGGCUCUAAGACAACAUACUGAAAGCAGUACUAUGGCACGUACUGACCUCAUCAAAGCAGCGCUUGCUUGGGAUACCAAAUUGAGUGAAGAACACUCAUUGCCAAAAGUUUUCAGAGGAAAGACUCCUAUGAACUCGGCAUCAGCUGUUUUGUCAAAUAAUAGUGAUGGCUACUUCGUGCCACUCAAGCCUGAAGGAAGCCGAUCUAUGCAUUUCAAACUUUCAUUCGAGCCAGGUCAUUUUCACACAAGUUGGGAGCAGUAUUUGGAAUGGCAGCAAAAGCUGAUAACCAUGGACUGGUCGCAUUAUUUCAAACAAAAGAGCAACUGCCAUAGUCACUUAAGCGAGCAACAAGGUCAAUACUUUAGUGACAAAGAGAAUCUACUGAGUAUCUAUCCUACAGAAUUUGAUGAAUUCUUAGCAAAACGCAAAAGACAAAAAGCAUUAGAAGAAAGUGGUAGUCAGAAGAAAUCUAAACUAGAUUCAGAAGCCUAUUGUUCAGGAAACAGCUUAGUAUCAUUAAGGGAAGAUAGCCUAUCAAAAAUAGCAGACCACGUCAACGAUAGCAAUUUGAUUCAUGAAAGUAAACCUGAAAACGAGAAUGAUAUACCCCAGUCUUGGAAAGAAUUGUUUUUUGUAAAUAAUGAUGGUGUAUUCGCCAGGCGAUUCAUACCGAAAAGUACACCCAUAGGUUUUUAUUUUGGUGUACCCAGAACAGAAGAUGAAUUUGAGGCCUUGAAAGUAGGACGAGGGAAGGCUGAGGAAUAUGCCAUGGUAUACCGUAAUAAUACAAUCAUCGAUCCCACAGAUGACCAAGGCAACUUAUAUGUGGAUGUAAAAAACGAUGGUCAACCUCUAUGCCCUUUCUAUUACGUGAAGGAGACAGUCAAUAGUGAAGGCGCUAAUAUCGUUUUCUGUGAGGGUCUCGUCCCAUAUCAGAUUGUUUGCUGGACAGUCAAAGAUAUAUCACCAGGAGAGGAAUUGUAUAUAUACCAACCAAGCACAAUCUAGAAAAGGAACAUUUUAUCUUUACCAAGUUACCAAAAAUAUAAUCUGCAAAAACACCGCGAAAAAAUAUUGGCUUCACACACUGUUUCUAUUUGCUG